AAAUUCUCCGCAACCACGUAGACUUAAUAUAGAAGAAAAAAAAAAUCGAAAGAAUCUGGAAGUUUCCACGUUGUCUCGUCGUCUUUACCUAACCUAAAAAUAAGUAAAAACACAUUUGGGUCUUUGCGGAGACUCCGUAGUUCUUCCAAACUCGGUCUCUCAUGAAUACCAAUUCUUCUCUAAUCCAGCUUCGCGGCUUUUAAAAGUUUGUGGUUUUUUUUGAGCUUUCAAGAUGACAAGUGGAUUUGGGGAAUCAACUAGUGUGCCACCCCAAAGCCCGUCUUGCUCGGGCAAUAAUGCCAAUGAUGCAGGGGAUUUUGAAUGCAAUAUCUGCUUUGAGUUAGCUCAGGACCCAAUUGUGACACUUUGCGGUCACCUCUUCUGUUGGCCGUGUCUGUACAGAUGGCUCCAUCAUCACUCUCAUUCCCAGGAAUGCCCGGUUUGCAAGGCAAUCGUAGAAGAGGAAAAAUUGGUUCCUCUAUAUGGACGGGGCAAAACACAGACUGACCCACGAGCAAAGUCGUAUCCGGGUAUUGACAUUCCUAACCGCCCGGCUGGUCAAAGGCCUGCAACUGCUCCUCCCCCGGAACCAAAUCAGUUUAACUUUAGUAAUUAUGGGUUUGGAUUGGUAGGGGGUUUUAUGCCAAUGGCGUCUGCGAGGAUUGGUAACUUCACACUGGCUACUGCUUUUGGUGGUCUGAUUCCGUCCUUAUUCAAUGUUCAGUUUCAGGGCUUCCCGGAUGCUACUGUGUAUGGGCAGACUUCUGGUUAUCCCUAUGGGUUUAAUACGUUUCAGGGGGGCCAUACCCACAGGUUCCCACAGCCAAUCCAUCGAGGACAGCAUGCUGAUAAUGUUUUGAAGAAUCUUCUUUUGAUGAUUGGUGUUUUUGUGAUCAUCGCUCUCCUUUGUUGUACUGAAAUUCUGUGGCUGGCUGGUGCAGUAGCACUUGUAUUGUUACUUGCUGGUGACUGUCCAUGUUUUUUAAAGAUGCAAGAUGCAGCAAAAUGAUAAACAGAUGGAUGUUCUCGAUUUCCUACACCCUAUCACUCCUCUUUUCUUCUAAACUAUUGUCUUAUUAGUUCUUCAUAGAACCAAGAAUGUAUGACAUUGUAAUUAUGUCCAACUCCUAUCAUUCCAUGGAUGAUUUCUACUAAUAUGCUUGCUCUUUGAUUAAAGAACUCAACUGACAAUAAAAUUGAGAUUCAAUA